AUGUCCAAGCUCAAGAAGAGCCCGGACACGGACGUGUACACGUCGAACAAGACGAAGUUCAGCGACUCGCCGAUCUACAUCUUCUACUCCUCGUUGACAGGCGCCUCCAAAAGGGUGGCCACACAGCUCUUUGAGACGUUGACGGCGAGCGGAAACCACAAGAACGCGGUCCAAAUGCUCUCGAUCGACGACGACGUGGAAGACUUGGACACGUACUUCCUGAACAUACCCAAGUCUGAGGACCCGAACAACACAAACUUCCCCAUCUACAUCCUCAUCUUACCGUCCUACGAGUCGGACUCGCCCAUCGACUACUUCUUGGAGUUUCUCCAUGACACAGCAACCGACUUCCGAGUCGACAAGUACCCGCUCAAGGCGUUGUCUGGAUACACGGUUCUUGGCCUUGGCGACUCGGAGUCCUGGCCUGACCUCUUCUGCUACCAGUCGAAGAUAGCAGACAAAUCGAUGUCCAAGCUUGGCGCAAGAAGAAUCUUCCCUCUCGGCCGUCUCUGCGUGAAGAACGACCUCAAGGAAACCACUGCACAUUGGGUCAACCGUCUGGUCAGCGUUCUAUCUGACGACGAGCCUUUCCUAUACGAAGAGAACGACCCGGAGGACUCCGACUCUGACACUGACGACGUAGAAGAAUACUCGAGCGAAAACGAAAACGAGACCGGGAACGGUUCAGACGACGGAACCCUAGUUGACAUGGAGGAUCUUUCCACCGAUAACAAAACGAGAGGUUCAGGCAAACUCACAAAAUCGAUCAACAAGAAGCAGAUGGUGGCCAAGGAUUCCCCUACUUUCAAGUCGUUGACAAAGCAGGGAUAUACAGUUGUUGGCUCUCAUAGUGGAGUGAAGAUAUGUCGGUGGACGAAGUCGGCCUUACGUGGCCGUGGGUUCUGUUACAAAUUCGCCUUUUACGGUAUACACUCCCAUAGAUGUAUGGAGACGACACCCUCUCUAUCAUGCUCGAACAAAUGUGUCUUCUGUUGGAGACACGGGACCAAUCCUGUCGGUACCACAUGGAGAUGGGAAGUUGACCAACCAGAUAAGAUUGUCGAAGGCGCACUAGCCGGCCACUACACGAAGAUCAAGCAAAUGCGUGGUGUGCCCGGUGUUUUGAUGGAUAGGUUUGAAGAAGCGUUCAAGGUGCGUCAUUGUGCGUUGUCGUUGGUUGGUGAGCCAAUUUUCUACCCAUACAUCAAUGAGUUUGUGAAGAUGUUGCACGAGAAGGACAUUUCGACCUUCUUGGUUUGUAACGCGCAACACCCGGACCAGUUGCGCACGUUGAACAAGGUCACCCAGUUGUAUGUGUCUAUUGACGCCCCAACAAAGCAGGAGUUGAAGACUGUUGACAGACCGUUAUUCAGAGACUACUGGGAGAGAUUGGAACAGUGCUUGGACAUUCUACGGACGGUCCAGUCCCACCAGCGUACGGUUUUCAGAUUGACCUUGGUGAAGGGAUUCAACAUGUCUGAGUCCGAUGUUGGCGGGUACGCCGACCUGGUUGAGAGAGGGAUGCCAUCGUUGAUUGAGAUCAAGGGUGCUACCUACUGCGGUUCAAGCGAAGGCAACGGGAACCCACUAACUAUGCAGAACAUUCCUUUCUACGAGGAGUGUGUUUCGUUCGUGAAACGGUUGGACAACGAGUUGAACAAGAGGGGGAUGCAGUACGGCUUGGCUGCGGAGCACUCACACUCGUGCUGCUUCCUGAUUGCCAACAAGAAGUUCUACGUGGACAACAAGUGGCACACGCACAUUGACUACGACAAGUUUUUCAAGCUGUGGAACAGCAACCAGAGCUUUGACUCCCUCGACUACAUAUGCGAGACGCCCGAGUGGGCGUACUUCGGCUCGAAGGAGGGCGGUUUCAACCCUGCCGACACGAGGUACAACCGGAAGGACGAGAAGCUCAAAAAGAAGCUGCAACGGGAGAAGGAGAGCAAGGGGGGCAUGUAA